AUGGUCGAUGCAGAAGAGUGGAAAGGCACUUACCAUCACCCAUUGACAAAUUCCUCGUUGCGGAAGUGGAGUACGCACGCGGCCAAGAGAGUGAUAUCGAGUGGGACAGGAAUUCAUCCCUACGUCAUAUCGAUGGCCGGUAUGCAGCCCUGUGAUAGUCGCACGCGCGUGCGCGUUUCACCGAUCCGGCCGCACCCCAUCAGGAGGGGCAACGUAGAGAGCCGAGGCCCGGCCACGGCAGAAGAAGAGUGGCAGGAGCGGCUACGUCGGGCGGAAGAGGAGGAGGAGGGCCUGUGGCAGCCUUCCCCUACAACGCCGGAGCCCGAAGACCGUGGCCAGGCCGAGCCGGAGGAGGAGGAGGAGCUGUGGCAGCGACGACCGCGGACCGAGGAGGAGGCGAGGUUUCCCGAAGGAGGAAGGGGGCCCCAAGCCUCGUCCCAGCAACAGCGGCCGGGAGCGGACGCCUCGUGGCAGCAGCAGCAACACCAGUGGCAGGGACCACAAGGCGCGGUGAUCGGGCCGUACGUAACGCAGGAGGUGCGGACGGCGGUCCGGGGAGGAAUGGUGUGGCACCACCAAAUCCUCCACAUCACCUGGGCGUCGGGGCCGGCACCUAGGGAGCCGGAGGCUCCGGAAGAAGCGCGGGUCUGGGAGGAGACGCCAGUCCGACGGAGCAAUGGCCGCGACCCAAGGGGGCGGUCGGCGGCAGCGGAGCCAGCAGCGGAACCGGCAGCGGCGAGCGCGACGACAGAGUCGGCGGCGGCAGCGGAGCCAGCAGCGGAACCGGCAGCGGCGAGCGCGACGACAGAGUCGGCGGCGGCAGCGGAGCCCACUGUGGAACCAGCAACGCCGGGCGCGGCGGCAAAGUCGGCGGCGGCAGCGGAGCCGGCAGUGGAACCAGCAACGCAAAACGCGGCGGCAAAGUCGGCGGCGGCAGCGGAGCACACGGGGGAACCGAAGGAGGCCACGGCGGUAGCAGAGCCAGCAGCGGAACCAGCAACGGCGAGCGCAGCGGCAAACGCGACGGCGAAGUCGGCGGCGGCAGCGGAGCCCACGAUGGAACCAGCAGAGGCGACGGCGGCAGAGGAGCCAACGACGCCAAGCGCGACGGCAGCGGAACCAGCAGCGCCGGGCGCAGCGGCAGAGUCGGCGGCGGCAGAGACAGCGGAGCCAGCAACGGCGAGCGCAGCGGCAGAGGCGAUGGCGGCAGCGGAGCCAGCGACGGCAAGCGCAGCGACGACGGCAGCGAAGGCGGCAGCGGAGCCAGCCGCGAGCACGGCGGGAGUUUGCUCACCUGAGCCAUGGGAGCGGGGUCCGUGGCAGUGGCCCGCGCCGGAAGCCAGGCGCGCCAAUCCAAGGCCGGAGCGGCAGGUGUCGUGUCCGGAGGAGCGGGAGAGACCGCGGGCACCCAUGCAGCGCCAGGCGUCGUGGCCGCAGGCACAGCGAGGGGCGGAGGGCCCACGCUGGCGGCCCGUGAGACGGGAGGAGUGGCCAGGGGCGGUGGAGCGCGUCCUGGCUCGAACGCGGUUCACCUCGAGGCGCAUCAAGCGUCUGGUGAACGACGGAGGGGUCCGGUACCGGGUAACGGUGUCCCGGGACCACCAGGAGGUCUGCCGAGAAUCUGGGGCUUGGUAA